ACCUAUAGACGUUUGCGUUGGUUAGUCGUUAGUUGGUGGUGUUUGGGUGCAAACAGAAUUCGGAAAGGUGCGAAUAUUCUCCCCCGUAACGGUUGGGUUCCGGCAGUGCAAGUGACGGAGAUUCAGAAGCGUGUGAUUGACACCGAUUCAUUGUGCUGAGUUCGGUUCGGCUCGGUGUGAAAGAGGUUCACUUGUUUGAUUUUCGAGUUGGGCGAUACGAGCCCGCCCGUGUGUGUGGAGUGUGUGACAUCAACAGAGUUUUCUACACUCUCUGAUAAGGGAUAUCAUCGGAUACUUAUCACCGAUAGCCGGGCAAAAGUGAAUCAACAGGCAGUGGAAGCAGCAGCAGCAGAGGCAGCGACGUUCACCGAGCGAGCGGUUGUGCCAAUUGAUAAAGUGAUCACUGUUUGCAUUUCAAAAGUGGAAACCAGAUAUCACUGAACAACGAGGCGCGAUGGAUCCCAGUAUUCUAGCAACCAUGGACCGUGACGCACUGAAGAAGCAGAUCGAGAACAUGAAGUACCAGGCUUCGAUGGAACGGUGGCCAUUGUCCAAGAGCAUCGCAGCGAUGCGAGAAUACGUGGAGGAGAACGAGAAGAACGACCCGCUGAUCCACGCGCCCGACAAGAAGAACAACCCAUGGGCGGAGAAGGGCAAAUGCGUCAUCAUGUAAAUACUUCAUCUCUCCAUCUUCAAAGCCAAUACAACAACAACAACAACAAGCGAACCACACACUUGAUCCCACUACUAAUAGGAACUCAUAACAUCAGAAUGUUAUCUAUACAACGGAAACCAAAUCAAAAAUCUUUUCAAUCUUUCUAUACUUCUUUCACUCACUCACACUAAGUGGCUAUCAAUAAUCGAUCGAUCGUGGUUGGUAGCCAUCCAUACUUUCACAGUUGUCUAUUGCUUACCCAAAUACUUAAUCAAUCAGGAAGAAACCAAAUCAAACAUUUUCUAUUGAAUAUUUGUUGUUGUUGUGUGCUUUCGGUUCAUCUGGUUACUAUUUUUUGUUGUUUGUAAAAAAGUUCAGUUGGAAUGUUAUUUCGUUGAAACGAGCCCAAAUCAGACAGACGAUCUAUUGUUAUUGUGGUCAAAAAACCAGAUAAAAAAUAUAUGACGAAAAUACUCUAACAUCUGAUGGAAGAAAUAUGAAAAUCUCAGCAUGAUUCUGUACAAAACUGAAACAACAGCAUUGUUUUAUUUCACGUGUGUUUGUAGACAAAUCUCGAAAAAAAAAUGUAGUUCGAUUCUUUCUUGUCCUUAUUCUAUCAAUCUUUAUUUUGUUAUAUUUUCCAAGUGAUAAUUUUGGUAUCUUCAAAAUGCUAUAGAGAAUAAAAUGUCAUCGAACCUGAA